UGUUGGCGCUAAAUUUCAACUUUUAACUCCUGCCUGUAGACGUUCGUUAAAAAUAAAGCACGUGAUAUAAACAAACAGAACUUUGUUUUGUUUCUGUCGGCUUUUGAUCCUGUUGUCAAGUUAAUCCCGAUAAGUGAUUUUUAACUGAUUGGUUAUCUGAAACAGAAAAAUAAGAGUGAUUUGAUCGAACCUACUUGAUCAGUGUUGCUCUGAUCAAAAGUUUUUUCAAAGCGCGUAUAUGAACUAACAAUUUUAAAUAAAUUAUGAAGUGGCUCGUUUUUUUAUCCGUCACAAUUGCUUUUGGUGUUGCUAAAGGUAUUCCUGUUAAAGAAAACCUUAAAUACGACUAUCAGAACUGCCCUCAAGGGGAAGAUGAUAAGCUUAAUGUGCAUUUAGUAUGCCACACACAUAAUGAUGUUGGAUGGUUAAAAACUGUUGAUCAAUAUUUUUAUGGAGCUAAUCAAUCCAUUCAGCGUGCUGGUGUUCAGUACAUACUUGAUUCAGUGGUUCAGUCUUUAUUACAUGAUCCAGCAAAAAAGUUCAUUUAUGUUGAGACUGCUUUCUUUGCUCGUUGGUGGAGGGAGCAGCACGAUUCUGUACGCCAUUCCAUAAAGAAAUUGGUAUGCAAUGGACAAUUAGAAUUUAUUGGGGGUGGAUGGAGUAUGAAUGAUGAAGCGGCUGCACAUUACAACUCAAUUGUUGAUCAGAUGACGUACGGACUUAGAAUUUUAAAUGAUACAUUUGGAAAAUGUGGUGUUCCAAAAGUAGCAUGGCAGAUUGAUCCAUUUGGUCAUUCCAAGGAACAGGCAUCAUUAUUUGCUCAGAUGUACUUUGAUGGUUUGUUUUUCGGUCGUUUAGACUAUCAAGAUAAAGAUAAAAGGUUGCAAACUAAAACAAUGGAACAUAUUUGGAAACCUAGCAUAAAUUUAGGUGUGAGAGCUGAUUUAUUUACUGGAGCAUUACCAAAUUCAUACAGCCCUCCAAAUGGCUUUUGUUUUGAUAUACUUUGCGAUGACCCACCAAUAAUGGAUGAUCCAACAUUGAAGAAUUUUAACGCUGAUCAAAGAGUAGCUGAAUUUAUAAACAUUGCUGAAAAUCAGGCUAAAUACUAUGCCACUAAUCAUAUAGUCAUGACUAUGGGGAAUGAUUUCAAUUAUCAGAACGCUGCUGUUUGGUUUAAAAAUUUGGACAAACUUAUAUUGCAUGUUAAUGAGAAGCAAUCCAAUGGUAGCCGUGUGAAUGUAUUUUAUUCUACGCCUUCCUGUUAUUUGAAUGCUUUGAAUAAAGCUAAUCAUUCUUGGACAGUUAAGACUGAUGACUUUUUACCUUAUGCAAGUGAUCCUCAUGCUUAUUGGACUGGUUAUUUUACAAGCAGACCUGCUUUGAAACGUUAUGAAAGAAUCGGAAAUAACAAACUUCAGGUUUGUAAGCAGUUGGCAGCCAGGACAGAUAUUGAAGAAGUUACCUUACAUUUUAUGAGAGAAGCUAUGGGAAUCAUGCAGCAUCAUGAUGCUAUAACGGGUACAGCAAAACAACAUGUUACCAAUGACUAUGAAGAAACUUUAGCCAGUGCUAUUGAAAGUUGUCAUGAUGUAAUAAAUGAAGCUUAUGAAAAAGUGAUGCCUCAAAACGAGUCUGAACCUGCACUCAAGCAACAAUUCUGCAAUCUCUUAAAUAUCAGCCAGUGUGAAAUAACUGAAAAUUCUUCUGCUGUAGCCAUUACGAUUUAUAAUCCACUUGCAUGGAAUGUAUCAAAGUAUGUGCACAUACCAGUUAAAGGAUCUGCUUACAAAAUUGUUGAUUAUAAUGGAAAACCUGUAGAAGCUCAGCUUAUUCCUAUUGCCCCAUCUGUUCAAAAAGUGCCUGGUCGAAAAUCAAGCGCUGUUGCAGAAAUUGUUUUUGAAGCUCAAUUACCAGCACUUGGAUAUGCUACAUAUCUUAUGCGAGCAACAACUGCCAAGUCUAUGGCAGUUCGACAGAGAUCUACCCUCCGAUAUAAAGCAGAUGGUGAUUGGAUUAUAAAAAAUAAGUACCUUUCUGUUUUUGUUGAUGGAAAAUCUGGUCUUCUGAAGAAAAUCCAGCUGGCUGAUAAUUCUAAUUUGACAGUCAACCAAUCAUUUUAUUGGUAUCGUGGCAUGAAUGGCAACAACAGCCAAUUUGAAUAUCGGGCAUCCGGAGCUUAUAUCUUCAGACCUAAUGGCACUUCUCCCAUAUCACUUGGUGAUAAUGUCACACUCACUCUUGUUAAUGGUUCUGUAGUUCAAGAAAUUCAUCAGGUAUUUACACCUUGGUUAAGCCAGAUCAUUCGCUUAUACAAAAACAGUGAACAUGUUGAAUUUAAAUGGCUUGUUGGUGCAAUACCAGUUCAAGAUGCAGUUGGGAAGGAGAUAAUUACUAGAUUUGACACUGAUCUGCAGAGUGGUGAUCUCUUUUAUACAGACUCUAAUGGGAGAGAAAUGGUUGAGCGGAAGAGGAAUUUCCGUCCUACAUGGGUACUUAAUGUCUCUGAGCCUGUUGCUGGAAACUAUUAUCCUGUUAACAGCCGCAUUUACAUCAGGGAUAAAAAAGCGAAUAAGCAACUGACUGUAUUGAAUGACAGGUCUCAAGGUGGAUCCAGCUUAAUGAAUGGUUCUGUAGAACUAAUGAUUCAUCGUCGCCUAUUACAUGAUGAUGCUUUUGGAGUUGGUGAGGCUCUUAAUGAACCUGGUGUUGAUGGUAAAGGUUUGGUCAUUAGAGGCUCUCACUAUUUGAUCUUCAGCAACAUCAGUGCAUCUGCUUCUAAACACAGACCCUUGGCACAAUCAUUCUUUAUGCAACCUCAACUGAGUUUUGCUGAAUAUAACAUGUCUGAUGCUUCAUACAUGAAAUCUUUUAAAAUGUUUUCGUCAGGUUUGAAGACACAGUUGCCACCAAAUGUACAUCUGUUAACUUUGGAACCAUGGAAAGCUGGGACAGUUUUAAUGCGCUUUGAGCACAUGUAUGAAUUUGAUGAAGAUCCCAUUCUAAGUAAACGUGCAGUUUUGUCUUUACAGAAUCUUUUUAAUGGAUUUGAUGUUGUAAGUACUGAAGAAACGACUCUUAGUGCUAAUCAGUUUUUAUCUGACGCUAAAAGAUUGUGUUGGAACGAAGUAGGAAAGAAAAACGUCUGUGAAGAUUUCCUGCCAAAAGGAUCUCAGAAAAUUCGAAAAAGUUUACUGAAAUUUGAUUUGACUCCGAUGCAAAUUCGUACUUUUAAAGCUAAAGUUACUUAUUGAUAUUCAUCCUGUUAAUGUUUGAGAUACAGUUAUAUAAACUGCUCUUUUUUCACACGUAUAUUUCUUCAAAGUGUCAUGUUAAUCUGUGAUAAACUAGCGAUUUAAUUUUUCUGUAUUGUUGAUCAAAUUUUUGUUGUGAUUAAUGUUUUGUUUUAUCUGUUGUGCAAUAUAAUGUUCAGUUUACAAAUUUUUAAAUUUUUUCUGAAUAAAUACUUGAAAAGUUUUGUUUUUUAA